GCUGGCAGGAUUCCUGGGGCAGAGCAUGCAAUCAGUUCGCAGGGAGCAGCCACUGCAACAGGAAAGAUGCAGAAGCACAACCAGAAGGAGCACCUCUACAAGCUGCUGGUGAUAGGGGACCUGGGAGUGGGCAAAACUAGCAUCAUCAAGCGCUAUGUCCACCAGAACUUCUCCCCCCACUACCGGGCCACCAUUGGGGUGGACUUUGCCUUGAAGGUCCUCAGUUGGGAUGCUGAGACUGUGGUACGGCUGCAGCUCUGGGAUAUUGCAGGUCAGGAAAGAUUUGGAAACAUGACCAGGGUCUAUUACAGAGAGGCCAUGGGAGCAUUUAUUGUCUUUGAUGUUACAAGACCUGCAACAUUCGAAGCUGUGACAAAAUGGAAAGAAGACUUGGACUCUAAGCUUGUUCUUCCAAACGGCAAACCUGUGCCAACAGUCCUCUUAGCAAACAAAUGUGACCAGGGAAUAGACGUUCUUAUGAACAACGGCAUCAAGAUGGAUCAGUUCUGCAAGGAAAAUGGGUUCGUGGGCUGGUUUGAAACAUCAGCCAAGGAAAAUAUAAACAUCAAUGAAGCUUCCAGAUGCUUGGUGAAACACAUAAUUGCUACUGAGAGUGAUCCAGUUCAGCCUAUUGAAACAGAUAUUAUAAAACCGCACUUGAAUUCUGGCAAGAUUGUCAGCUGUUCGGCUUGCUUUAAAUCCUAAGAGACUUCCAGACUAUUCAGUUCAGCAAGAGCUGAACAACUAUAAUUCACAGUGUAUCCCUCAUCCAGAGCACUCACCCUACCCAGAUUGUCCAUAAACAGAUUUCAGUCAUCUCAAAAAUCUACUUACGUUCUUCCAUAAUUUGUGAACAGCUGAAAUUUGUUUCAAACUUUUCAUUGAUAGCAACUAUUCAAAACUGCCAUUGGUAAUUAGUCAAAUAAGACCCAUGGUGAUGGCUAUGUUUUCCUGGUUGGGUGUCACCACCAGUGAUAUCAAAACCUAUUUCUCUGCAAUGUGGUUUCUGAAAGCUCAUUUUCGAGAUGUUCCUGUAGCAAUAACCUAUUUAUUCCUUGUUUCUCCAGCACAUCCUCUCAAUUCCCUUACCAGACAACCAUCGUCAUUGCACUGUUUUGCUUCCCAUUACACUUGAAUGAUCUCUUUUUCCGUGAGGGAGAAGAUAAUGAUAAUGAAGAUAUAGGUGUUCAGGGAGAGGCAACAAGAACAUGCAAUGUGAAAUAUUCCCAAGUUCAUUCUCCUGGAUGAGUUGGCAAGGCUGAACAUGCAGCAACCAUUCAUGUCAUUCAGUUCUUUAGAUCUCAGAUUGUGAGACUGAAACUGCGGUAGUUUUUGCUGUGUCUCCCUGAAGACUUACAACAAGUAAAGGGUGAUAAAACAGGGAAUCAAGGGUAGUCUCACAGGUGAUGGAGCUGACAGGUUUUAGAAAGUUUAUCUGUUCCAGAAAUCCAGCAUUUACUCUGAAAAAACUCAGUGAUUUUGUUCCUACCUCUCCAUCCCCCAUGCCGUGUAUUCCACAGGUCCCUGAAUGCAUCCCCUCCAUUACGUUGAUUCUCAUAGGAAAAUUUUUCACAAUGUAAUGAUUAAACUUUGCAGGAACACAUCUUUAUUGAACAGUAGGAUAUAUGUUUUCGGAGAACAUUCUCAGAGAAAACAAAAUUCUGUGCAUGAUCAUAGAAAUCAAAAUGAUCGUUAGAAGCAAAAUGGAACGGUCUGGAGGGUAAACACUCUUGGAGAAUUCGCAGCAUUUGUUGAGCUGCAUGCUGGAAAUGAAAUAGCUGACUUUCAGAAUCUCAUGAAAUAUGCGUGGACUCAUGCAGACAAGUGUCUGGACAAAAAGUCUUGACAGCUGGUUGCAGGUGCCGCAAGACAGACUUUGUCCGUCUCCUGCCACAGACAAAUCACUUCCACUUUCUUGUUCCCAUUCAGCCUAUUCCCCUCUGAGCUAUCCCCCCUGAGCUGUGAAGAUAGGUCAGUGGCAAGACCUAUCUUCUGAAACGAGUUUCCUUGGAGAUGUGUAACACCAUGGAGGAGGCAGAGUGUUUGCAGACAUCGCUGCAAUACUCCACAAUACUUCUUAGAGACAAAGGAGUAAAGCUCCCAGAGGCUAGCAAAUAAGUGAUGGCUAGGAAAAGCAAAACAAAAAUCUCCAUAGUGAUCUUAUGUUGUUAAACCCAUGGGGUUCCAGUGUCACUACAGCUCAGUCUGUUACUGAAUGCUCUGUUACUAUAUAGGCACUGCAGAUGAGAGCCAAGGAUGGAGAUUUGGCCCUUUGUAUGCUCUGCUUACAGCCUUAAAGUGAUACAUUUUUAUCUUAGGAUUUUAGAAUGAGAAAGCAAGCUUUGAUCUUAAAAAUAAAAAGCCACAUCCACGAUUCACCAGCACGCACACACAUAGAUUAAAAAAGCCCUAUAUAUAUGUAUGGACUGGCUUUUUUCAAGGAGAAUAACUUUCAGAUCUUGAUUUCAGUGUCAUCCUUUAACACAGGCUCCUGCUACGAUCUGGGUCAAACACCUUCUUGCCUCAGUUUCCUCAUCUGUAAAACAGGGAUUGAUGUACACACCUACCUCACAGCACUCCUUGGAAGUUACUUUUGGCACAGUGCCUUGAUAUGUUACACAAAUGCCAAGAUAUAUUAUGGCUCAGAAUGAAUUAUGAGUGCCCUCUAGCAUAAUUACAUGGUGCUGUAAUGCCCUAAUGUUUAAAUCUACCCAUGGCUUGUCUGUACUGCAACAAUUAGCUUCAAUUAUUCCACCUCAGUUAACCUGGUUGGGGUUGUAAAGCAGCAUGGGGUGCCCGGGAUGAUUUGAUUAGCUGCAGAUGUGCUGCAAAUGGAAACUGGCUGCACGGAUGCCAUGGUACUGGUUUAAUAAUCUCAGCAGCUAGGCUGUAAUUAAGAACUACUGCCAGGUCAGUUAUUUCAGAUUUAAAGCAUUAUUUAAGUCAAGCUGUAUGGAUGCCUUAGUAAGAUUAACACUUAAUUCAUACCUUCAGCACCUAGCACUGUGGGGAACACAAGCACCUAGGCAUAUAGAUAGCUUCAAAAAGGCUUCACGAGCCAAAACCCAUGCUUUACUUGUAAAUGUAGAUGCCUCAAGCAAAGGAAGUUGCUGUUUCUUCCCCCAGAAUUACUAUGUACUCAUCUUUAGUUAUCUUCUGAUCACUUAUCUUUAAUAGCUUUUAGGCAACAUUCAUGUUUAUGAGAGCUAAAAAGUCUGGGAUAA